AAUGAUGACCAGGCAGAGACAGCGUACAUACGGGAGCUUGUGAAAUUCGUUCUGGAAAGAGGUUUGACCUCUCAUGAUCCGGAAGCCGACGCCAAGACCCGAGCUGUUCCAUCGGCGGAGUAAAGAUGGCUGACCAAGGCGCCGCAGAUCCUGGUAAUAACAACAAUAAUAAACCUGAAGCCUCCGAGGGAACUAUUAUAAAGGUCACAGUGAAAACCCCUAAAGACAAAGAAGAAAUCGCCAUCGCAGAAGAUGCCUCUGUUACUCAGUUUAAAGAAGAGAUCUCGAGGCGGUUCAAAGCCAAACAGGACCAGCUGGUUCUGAUUUUUGCAGGGAAAAUCUUAAAAGAUGGCGACAGCCUCAGCCAACAUGGCAUCAAAGAUGGCCUGACAGUCCACUUGGUCAUAAAAACAGCACACAAGGCGGCAGAUGGUGGUAGCACAUCAGCCUCUAGCUCAACAUCCACUCAAGCAGGCAGUACCUCCACUUCAAAUCCAGGCACCAGCCCCUCAACCACAACAGGCUCUACUGGUUCAGCCCCACCACCCACACAGACGCCCAACAUACUGACUGGCUUCGGUGACCUGGCUGGUCUAGCUGGACUGGGCAUGGGCUCGGCUAACUUUAUGGAGCUGCAGCAGCAGAUGCAGAGGCAGCUCAUGUCCAACCCAGAGAUGCUUUCUCAAAUUAUGGAGAACCCGCUGGUGCAGAACAUGAUGUCAAACCCAGACUUGAUGAGACAGAUGAUUAUGGCUAAUCCUCAGAUGCAACAGUUGAUGGAACGCAACCCUGAGAUCUCCCACAUGCUCAACAACCCUGAGCUUAUGAGACAGACCAUGGAGCUGGCCAGGAACCCAGCCAUGAUGCAAGAAAUGAUGCGCAACCAGGACCGGGCUUUGAGCAACUUGGAGAGCAUCCCAGGAGGUUACAAUGCUUUGCGGAGGAUGUACACAGACAUCCAGGAGCCCAUGUUUAGCGCUGCCAGAGAACAGUUUGGUAGCAACCCGUUCUCAGCUCUGGGAGGGAGCUCCGAGUCUGGUGCCCAGCCAUCACGGACAGAGAACCGAGAGCCCCUACCAAAUCCAUGGGGGCCACCAGCUUCUUCUAACCCUUCUGAGAGCGGAGGGGGCAGCACGGGGAGCAGUAGUACCACCGCAGGCACCACCCCAAGUGUGUCGAACCCUCUGGGCAUCAAUCCUGGCAGCCUGGGAAAUGGCAUGUUUAACAGCCCAGGCAUGCAGAGUCUACUGCAGCAGAUCUCUGAAAACCCUCAGCUGAUGCAGAACAUGCUGUCUGCUCCCUACAUGCGCAGCAUGAUGCAGUCACUGGCUCAAAACCCAGAGUUGGCCUCCCAGGUUUUGAUGAAUAACCCCUUGUUUGCUGGAAACCAACAACUGCAGGAACAGUUCAGAGCUCAGCUGCCUAUCUUUCUGCAGCAGAUGCAGAACCCAGAAGCCCUGUCAGUGAUGACCAAUCCACGGGCCAUGCAAGCUCUGAUGCAGAUCCAGCAGGGCCUACAGACACUGCAGACAGAAGCACCAGGCCUCAUGCCCAGUUUGAUGUCAGGCGGAAUUCCUGGAAUACCCACAGGAGGGGCCAUGCCCACAGAGAACCCUGCAUCCUCACCCAGCAGUGCUGGAACAAACACUGCCCAGCAGCAGCUGAUGCAACAGAUGCUCCAGAUGUUUGCUGGAGGAGGAGGCGGCGGCGGAGGAAGCGCAACGACCCAGACCCCAGAGGUUCGGUUCCAGUCCCAGCUGGACCAGCUUAAUGCUAUGGGCUUCAUCAACCGCGAGGCCAACCUGCAGGCGCUCAUAGCUACUGGAGGAGACAUCAACGCCGCAAUCGAGAGACUUCUGGGCUCACAGCCCUCGUAA